AUGUCUGUACAGCACCGCUUGGUCCAGCUGUCAGCCGCGUCGCUCGCUGUUGUGCUCUGCCGGGACGAGGACAGCAAAUACAGCGCGAGCAGCACCAAUGGACAGGGUGUGUUUGCGGACUUUAAAUCGCAAAAUUCGCGAAGCUUCUGGAAUAAAAGACUCGUGAAGGCGGUGUCGGAAGUUUCCUUCCAGGGAUGGCUGGAGAACUACGUGCUUCUCGUCCAGGGCAAUGCCAAUAACCUGGAGGUGUUGAGGGAAGCGUGGAUGCGCAGGGCGCUGAGGUCGCCCGAAGGAUACACGAUCAGAGCAGUGGGUGUCGCUGCUUCUGGGAGGCAUCUGGUUUGCCCACUCCAAACACGAAGCAGACUGUUUGAGUGGGAAUGCGCUCUUGACUGUGAGAUAUCACAGACCGUUACAGCUCAUUGCAGUGAGCCUGUUUGUGCAGAUGGUGGCAGGGAUGGACAUUUCGUUGAGGAACAUACUCAUCACAAACCCACCAGAACCACAUACAGGUCGCAUGAAUACAGAUGGCAGCCUUCUGAUCACCAGAUCCUUCAGAAAGGUGCUAGCCCCAGACAAGAAGUGCAGGGUCUGAGGAAAAGACUACAAGAAUCCAGUUUGGGAGAUGAUGAACAAACCGAAGCCCUGGAAAGCAGUAUUUUUGAUUACUGUCAGGCAAGCGAAGUGGAGUCCGAUUCUGAUACCAUACAUAAAUCUGCAGAUGAAGCAGAAGCUGGCAAAUCUAACCACUGGAUCUGUCACCCAGAAUUAAAAGACUGCCAUCAGAGAACAAAUGAGACAUCUGAGGAUGCUGGCAACUUCAGUGCAAGCCUAAAUGGCCCUACAGGGGCCUGUGCAGGAGAAACCACAGAGAGUCAGAGUUACACAGCUGAUAGCGGGAUUGACUCUCCAAGGACACAUAUGAGUGUAGCUUGCAGUGACUCAGCAAUACUUAAAGGACUGAAGCAUCGUGGUUUCCUGCAGAACCUUGAAAAGCUCCACUCCAAUGGCAUUCACCCUCAGAGUUCAUUACUCAAACUUACACCUGUUAUGAAUGUUUAAGGAAAUAAAAUGUAGCUCAGCAUCUGAGUUUAGUUAUAUAAUGUAAAAAAAAUUAUAUAAUUCCACAAAUGUAAAUAUACUGCCCCACCCCUCAUGAAAAAACAAACAAACUAAGAACUGAAUGUAGGUAGUGUGUUUAUAUACUUAAUUCAUUACAGUUUUACAUUUGAACUGAUUAAUUGUUUUUGUACAUGGAUUCUUUGUUGUUCAGAGAGAAAGUCUGAACAUUACGAGGAAUAAACCUCUAUUAUCUAUGUACAAAUGGUAGGUAA